UUAUUUAUAUAUUUGAACAUUCUACAUAAUGAUCCACCCUUCGUGCAUGGAUGAUUAUACUUGAAUAAAAAUUCCUUCCAUAGAGCAAAAACAGUAAAACUGUGUGAAAAAUCAUGAAGAAUCAGUCUCAAGUAACAGAAAACAGUAGAGAAGACCAGCUAUAGCUGAGGACAACAGCAGAGAGAGAGAGAGAGAGGACUGUUUGCAUACAUCUAUCUUACGCUGAGGAGCAGGUGACGUCGAAUUACUUGGGGGAUGAGCAAGUAAAGAAAGUCUACACAGCCUCAGUCGUUGGAAGCUAAUGAGAAUUGAUUGGUGAUUGUUGUUAAACCUCUACACUGAGUGAGAAAGAUCUCGACGUGAGCAUUCUGGUAAUGAAAACAACACAGGAAGUCAACAAUCACCGUGAGUGAGCCAUCAACCCUUCAACCUGAACCAAGAGAGUGCGUUUCUAAAAAGCACUUUUUGACUAUUUGUGUCCAAACGCCAACACACCUUCGGGUGAGAAACAAAGAGUCUCUUAGCAGUGGUUAUUAUUGAUGUGGGAUUUUUACCUGGCAACAACUCCUUGAUACCCCAUCGUAAAUGACAACUUGGGGCUAGAGUUCAACUGCAGGCUCAAAAUGACAGCUUGUAACUUUUGACACAGACAGACACCAGACCAGACAAUGACAUGGAGGAGCGCGCGUACAUGGACUAUCCCGUUGCGAUUUACAGCAACGUCACAGAGCAGUUGAAUGGCUCCUCAGCCACCUCCUCUGGGCUGGCAGGAGAGGAACCUGACCCCUACCAGCAUUACACCAUCAGCGUCUUCCUCUCCUGCCUCUACACAAUCUUCCUUUUCCCCGUGGGCUUCAUCGGGAACGUCCUCAUCCUGGCCGUCAACCUGAGCCACAGGGGCCGAAUGACCGCCCCCGACCUUUACUUUGUCAACCUGGCGGCUGCCGACCUGGUCCUGGUGGCUGACUCCCUGAUCGAGGUGUUCAACCUUAGCGAGCACUACUAUGACAUGGCUGCCCUGUGCACCUUCAUGGCCCUGUUCCUGCAGGUUAACAUGUACAGCAGUGUCUUCUUCCUGACCUGGAUGAGCUUUGACCGGUUUGUGGUGCUGGCGGGCUCAAUGAGUCUGGGCAGAAGCAUGCCCCGGGCCCGUCUGACCUGCUGCCUGAUCUGGGUGACCUCCGCCCUGCUCACCCUGCUGCCAUUCACCGUGGCCCAGGUGCAGCACGCUGGGGAGCUCCACUUCUGCUUUGCGAACGUAUCCCAGAUCCAGUGGCUGGAGGUUACGCUGGGCUUCCUGCUUCCCUUCUGCGUGCUGGGCCUCUGCUACUGGAGGAUCGCCCUGGUUUUGGUGAGCGCUCAAAGGGAGCACAGUGGGCUGCAGCGGCGGCCACAGAAGCGGAAGGCUUUGAGGAUGAUUUCUGCGGCCGUGUUGGUGUUCUUUGCCUGCUGGUUACCGCAGAACAUGUUUGUCAGCGUGCACCUGCUUAGAGGCGAUGUGGAUGAAACACUGUGGCAUGACUACCCUCUGACGGCCCACAUGGUCAACCUGGCUGCCUUCUCCAACAGCUGUCUCAACCCCCUGGUCUACAGCUUCCUGGGGGAGACCUUCCAGGACAAGCUAAGGAGCUUCAUCAAGGAAAACAUCAGCUGGGCCAAGUUAGACAGCUCCUGCUGGAGUAGCUAGCCCCUCUAGCCUACCCACUGCAAGCUCCUGCCCCCAUCCCAUACUUAAAAGUACAAGUCCCACCACACAACCUCUCCAACGCUCCUGCUGCCUCUACAAACCAGCCAUCCAUCCUUCAAAUCAAAACUCAACAACAUACGUGUGCCCUGGACAGCUAAGUGGUGCGUCUGAUUUCAAUCACUUUCUGACCUCACUCCUUUUGACUUAAAUCUUUCCAUAGAUAGUUGUGUGUAUAUAUAAUGUAUGUGGACACCCCUUCAAAUGAGUGGAUUCGGCUAUUUCAGCCACACUGUUGCUGACAGGUCUAUAAAGUCAGGCACACCGCCACGCAAUCUCCACAGACAAACAUUGGCAGUAGAAUAGCUUUACUGAAGAGCCCAGUGACUUUCAAUGUGGCACAGUCAUAGGAUGCCACCUUUCCAACAAGUCAGUUGGUCAAAUGUUUGUCCU